AUGGAUCUUCUGACUGAGCCGGACACAUUGAGUGGAUACCCCUUCCUAGAUCCCGUCAAAGAGGAGCGGUUCGAUCCCACAGUCCAUCUCAACUAUGUGCCACCUGAAAAGAAAAUCACGAUGCAAGACUUGCUUUUGAGUCAAAGUGCAACCGCAACCCCGAUUGCAGGAACAGUGCCAUUCCCCUUGCUAUCACCGCGAGGCGUGAGGGCCUAUCGAAAGGCUCUGUUCCAGCAGGAUGUGAUUGAGAAAUGCGCAAGCUCGCCGUUUCCUGGCACCCUGGUUCUUCGUGACGCAGUCAAACACUCCCAAUUUAUUCGGGACUUCUGGACCCACCCCGAAACAAUGAAAAUAGUAUCUGAUGCUUCUGGGGUGCCUUUAGAGGUGGUCAUGCCCACAGAGAUUGGGCAUACAAACAUUCAGACUGAAGGGGCCACAAUUGCAGAGAUGGUGGGCAACCUCAAGGUUGAGCCAUCGGUAGAGAAGCUGGAGUUGAGUCUUGAAGAGCGGGCUUAUGACCCGUUGAAAGAUGAGACCUCUAUCAUACCUUGGCACUAUGACUCCUAUCCUUACGUUUGUGUGCUCAUGCUAAGUGAGACCGAUGGCAUGGUCGGUGGGGAAACAUAUAUCAAAAAGGGAAAUGGCGAAGCCCAAAAGGUCGAGGGUCCACAGAUUGGACAUGCAGUAAUGCUGCAAGGCGGCGAAGUCCAACAUCUAGCCGCUCGUGCUAAGGGUGUCGCGGAGCGUAUUACCACAAUCACAUCCUACUGCGCUCAAAUCCGAAACAUCUACGACUCCAGCUACACCACCAACAUCCGGCCCUAUGCGGAUCUCGGAUCACUUUACCCUGAGUGGACUCGGUACCGCCUGCGAAAGCUACGGGAUGAAAUCACUCAUUAUCUCGAUAAGGCUGAGCAUGAGUCGAACUUUUCUUUCCAAAGAGAAGAGCUACAGAGUGUUAUUACUCAACAGAUUGAGUACUUACAGCGGACUUCUCGACAGAUGGUCUCUCCCGAGUACCAGGAGCAGAUUUUGAAGAAAUACGGCAAAGCAGCAUACUAUGAUGUUUUUAGAAUCUGGGAAACUGUGCAGGACUUACCUGAAUUUGAAACUCUUGCAUCUUCCACAGAUCAAGAGCGAGGUUGGAUGCCAGAGAGUGUCUAUUGGAUGGACCUUCAGAAGUCUAUCGAGACAAUUCGCAUGAAAAAGCCGCUUCAAAGUACAUUUGGUACCCACCCAUGGAGCAAGUCAAGGAAGUAUUACAUGGGCGAUGAAUUGUUGCGGCAGGGCUUGAAUGAAGUAUUUUUGGACUGGCUUGGAAGCUCGGGUCUGUGGGAUGUUUAUUCCAAACACCGAGUGUCAAAUGAGUUCAAAUGA